GCGCGUCGUCGUCAUCAUCCAUGUUGUUGUUGGUGGUGUUUCUUUGUUAGCCGCGCCGCAGACCAGCGCCAAUGUCGAGUCUUUUUGUGUUUUUAUCUGAUUCCUUCCGAGUAAAUUUUGCGACGCUCAUACACACAACCCGAGGGUUCGCUCUUUGCGCUUUUGCUGAUGAGUGGCCACCUCCGGCGGCGCUCGGACCUUGUUUUGCUCGGGAAGGUUCUGCGCUUCACGCGUGCGGAUGUGUUGGUGUGCUGAAGCGCGCGACCUAUUCGGAAAACACUAUAAGUGAGAGGCUUAAAAAACAAAUAUUUGUGUAUGUGUGUAUCCACAAUAAAUAUGUGUAUACAAUAUUUCUAAGCGAGAAACAAGCAGUGAGCAGUGAGUCACCAGUAGUAGCAGCAGCAGCGAGUGUGCUAAAUUUGUUGAUCAGAGUGGAGGUGAAAAAGAAGAAAAAAAGAGUUUAAGCAAAUUAGUGCCAGUGCAAACAUCUGUGUUCGGCUGUAAAAAUAUGAUGAUGAUGAUGAUGAGAGCACGGGAUGAAAAAUACCAAAAAAAUCCUUCAGCUCCCUAAAUGCAAUCUAUAGCUGUACACAGAGAGAGUGCUAAAGAAUAAUUCAAAUAAUCGAUAUUGUUAGCCGUGAAUGCUACGGAAAAGACAAGUAGGUAUAAUCGGGAAGAUCUGGUUUCGGAGCGAAGCGAAGCAAUCAGUCUCUGUGUGUCGUGUGUUUGUGUGUACGUGGAACAGAACCCAGCUGGAAUACGAAGAAAGGAAAAAAAGGUCAGAGGAAUAACUCGUGAAGAGAACGGGAAAGGAAGAGGGAAGAAAAAAACUUCCCAAGUAAUGUUUCCCGAGUGAUGUAAGAGGAGGAGGUCGAGCAGACAGAAGAAAUCACGUGUAAACGCUGUACUCAGCUCACACAUCCAAAAAAAAAGCAGCAGAGCAAAGCGAGGGGCGAGAAUCGCGCAAAAUCUGGUUUUCUCUCCCGGAGAAGACCUGGGUUUCUGGUGUGGUGCUGUGUAGUUGUCGCGUCGUUGUUUGUUGAACCUCGUGCGGCACACGCACACCUGUCAAAAUAGGGAAGAUGGAUAAAGACGGUGAUAAGAAGGGUGGCGACAAGAAAGGUGGGCAAUCCGGAGCCGGCUUGGGAGGCGCAGCCGGUGUUCCAGAUCCUGCCUCACUACUCGACGCCGCUUCGUUAUUUGCUUAUUGGGGUCGCGACCAGUCCGCGAUGGCAGCAGCAGCAGCCUCGAAUCCUCUCUUUGGCUCCCAGUUCGGAAUGCCCGGCGGACUCGGAGGGCUAAUGCCAAACGCCGCGGCAGCGGCUGCCGCUUCCGGCAACGGAUCCGAUCGCUUCCAAAUGUCCCACUCGCAUCCGAACACGAUGGCCGUGGCCGCCUCGCAAGCGGCCUCCUUGGCCGGUUUGCAUUCCAGUUGGUGGUCUAUGGCCCAGCUUGCGGCACAGGAUUACUUCGCACGGCUGCAGGCAUCCGGCAUGUCCCAAAUGGCUUUCCCUCACGGGGCGGAUCUAGCAGGGGCGUUCCCCGCUGGACUAGGUCUUGGUGCCAUGGGAGGAGCAGGGGGCGCUUCCGGUGGUGCUGCCACCGGCGGUGGAGGUGGUGGCGCAAAUGGUAAAGGUGGCGGCGGAGGUAAAGGAAAGAAACGGGAUCGAAGCAGCAACAGUAGUAGUAGUAAUGCGAGCAGUACCGGCGGAGCGGGAGGAAUGAACGCAGCAUCUUACAAGAACUCAUCCUCUCCGUCCGUAUCGCAAGCGGCCGCGGCUGCAGCCUACAAGCAGUCCCUCUACAGCCAAGCCACCCUCCACAAAGAACUGAUGGCCAUCACAGCGGCGGCAGCGGCAGCACAAAACCAACAGCAGCAGGGGGGUGGUGGUACUGGAGGAGGAGGAGGAGGUGGGGGAGGCGGUAAUCAGUCGGGAUCAUCCAAGUCUAAAUCCUCAGCGUCCUCUCACGGUGGGGGUAACAGCGGAAGUGGUGGAGGCGGUAGAGGUGCCGCAGGCGGAAACACCGGAAAUGAUAUUCUAUCGUUGAGCCGCGGAUCGUCCGCUUCGCCGUCGGUCAACUCAUCCAACAAAUCACAGCCAUCGCCUAGCGUUACAAUCAGUGCCAGUAAUAUGUCCGGCUCAUCGCCCGGGGGUCACCUGCAGAAUCUCUCACGAUCGGGGAAGGAUUCCGGCAAAAGCGGCAGCGGCGGUCCGGCUGCCGAUUUAGGUCUCAGUGCAUCGAUGAAUGCGCUCAACACGCUGUCUCAGUUCGGAAAUCUAGACCUGUCGACGCAGCAGAAUGUCACGGCAACGAUGAACGCGCUGGCCGCGAGUUCUACCAAAGCAAAGGAUUACAUGUCCUCAGGGAUACUGAACGAUCCGUCCUCGUUGCUGGGAGUGCGACUCCCGCCGGACACCGAGAUCAUCAAGUACACCAGCUCGAUCGGUGGCUCGAAAGCACCGGGAUCAACCGGGCGUGGACGUAAGAAAACCGUAUCUAUUGAUGAAAAUUCAUAUUUUGCUCAAAUGCAUGGUUUAAGUGCAGCCAAGCGCGCAAGAAUGGACACGAAUGAUUUUGGCCAGCAAGGUGGACAAGGAGGAACAUCGGGAGGUGGUGGCGGUGGGGGAGGAAUAUCGUCAGGUAUAGGCAACAGUGGCGGUAUUGGUGGCAGCGGCAACAGCUUACAGGGAAGUUGUGGCGGAGGUGGUAGUGGUGCAUCCAACAGUGGUGGAAACAUUGGCGGGAAUAACGAUCGAAUCGAAGUCAUCAAGCUGCCGCCCACGAUAACGUCCAAUGGUGUGUAUAAUAGUGGAAAAGGCAAGGAUUCAAUGUCGGAUUCGUUGAGCGAUUGGGCCGGACUGAAUCUCAGUGCAAAAUCGUCAUCGACAAUCGCGUCCUCAUUAGCUGCGGCGGCUGCUGCACACGCAGCCGCUGCGGUCAACGAUUCUCAGGAUGAUGCACCUCUAAACCUCUCGAUGAAGUCAUCGAAGCCAUCGGAUAAUCGCGAAUCACCAGCUCCACCGUCCGGAUCAUCGACCCCUAGUGCCAACAGCUUGCAGAGUCUCAGCACAAUUACAGCCGCAUUAGGUGCCAGCAGUAGCUCCGGCAAUGCCGAUACGCCCCGAUCUCGUCGAAAGUCCAACAAUAAGAAUAGAUCGUCGUCGUCGGCGGCGGCAGCGGCAGCAGCAGCAGCGGAUGCUGCCGCCUGUGGCUCCACACUAACGGCUGGUACCGGCUUUGGUGGUAGCGCUUCUUCCGGCAGCGCGAAUAGCUCUUUGAACAGCAGCAUCAGCUCCUUACUGCUAGCCGCCAGUGGUGGUGGUGGGGGCAGCGGCACUACCACCAGUGGCAAUGGCAACCAACAACUAGUCGGUGGAAGUGCUGCCACCGGAGGAACCAGCGGCGGCGGUGGCGGCAGCAGUGCCGGCACAAGUGGCCCCAAUAGCCAUUUGGCAGCCCAGCUUGGACUUAACAGUUCCCUUUCCGAGCUGCUGAAGAUCUCCAAUUACGACGAGUACGAUUACACGACACUCGCUGGAUCCCAAUUCAAAGAAGGCCGUCCGCGCAACCUCGGCCGUGGUGUUUCGAAGCCCAAGAAGAACACGGUAGCGUCACUACUCGCCCAAAGUCGAGCCGUUGGUUCGAAGCCACUAACCGCACAGCAGCUGCUCACACAGGAAGCUGACAUAGAAAAACUCCGCCAAGUAAUGAUCGAAGCUAGUCAAUCGAUGGACAGUACCUCAAACACUAACACGGACACCGAAAGCGUCGCGGAAAGUGGAAUGUCCGAAUCGGAGGGGGAAGAACAGGUCAACGUGAAGGAACUUCGGGUGCCCCUAGAAAAGGGCUGGCGACGAGAGACGGUGAUUCGGGGACUGACGAAGAACGGCCAGAUCAAGGGCGAUGUGUUCUACUAUCCGCCCCAAAGUUUGAACAAAAUGAAGGGCAUGAACCAGGUGCAGCUGUAUCUGGACCAAUUCAAACCGAAGGACCUGACGCGGGAUAAUUUCAGCUUCUCGGCUAAGGCAGUGGUGGGAACGUUCCUGCAGCCGGCGCCACCUCCAUAUGCCACCGACGGGGAGUAUAUCAAGAUGACGGAUGCGGAAGUGGCUCGGAGGUUGGAGGAACUUAAAAUGUUCACUCGGCAUACCGCUUUGGGCGUGGAACAAAGGAUCGAGAUCGCUAAGCAGCAACAGGCUAUGAGAGAUGCAAAGAAAUUGGCAAAAGAUGAGAUCAAUAAAAAUAAAGAGAAGGCGCGCCAAGUGAAGGAAGCCGAACGAAACGAACGGUUGGAGCAGCAAAGGAAAGAGCGAGAAUUGAAGAGUCAGCAAGCGAUGGAGGCCAAAAGAAAGCGAGAUGAAGAAAUCGCGCGUCAAAAAGCCGAAGAAGCUGCACGGAAGCAACAGGAGAAAGAAUUGAAACGUCAGCAGGCAAUCUUACAGAAAGAGCAGGAACUGGCCAAACAGAAAGAGCUGAUGUACGCCGUUGAAAUGGAACGGGAACGACGGAGGCAGCACAUGGCCAUAAUAAAGCAGCUAGAAAUGCGUCGGAAGUUCGAAGACAAGGAAAAGAAGAAGCAUCAGGUAAUUUUGGACAAGUUGAUCCAGCGCGAGAAGAAGCUUGCGAUGCGCAAGCGGGACACCAGUAUUCUGCAGGAAUUAAGAAAACCCCAGGAAGACUCAGAAAUAGGCGACCAGACCGAGCUGCCCAGCUUACAGCGUAUACCCGGACUGAAGCUGACCGCUACCGGGUUUGCCGAUUUACUGAUGGUCUUCGAAUUCCUCCAUAACUUCGGCGAGACGCUCGGAUUCAGCGAGUCGACAGCAGACAUGGAAUCACUGCCUUCGCUCCAGUCGCUGCAUUCGGCACUGACCUGCGAGAACGCGAUCGAAGCCGAAGAAGAGAUGCUGUCGGUGAUGACGCACCUGCUGGUGUGUGCUAUUGAGGAUCCUGGUAUUCCCAAUCCUGGCCGGCACACGACACUGCUCGGACAAACGCUGCGCCAGGCGGACAUCACACACUCGAACGUGUCGGAGAUCCUGAGGAUAUAUCUGUACGCGGUCGGCACCGGAGAGGUCAAGCAGCAGAGUGGAAUCAAUCUCGAGCGGGAACGAGAACGGCACCAUUUGCCCACGGAGGAAGACAUCAAGACUGCCAGCGAUAAGAAUCGACAGUUUUACGAGCUGCUAUCGGAGAACGUACGCUACAAGCUGUCGGAACUGCUCAAGGAUAAACCGUUUGUAGCGCUAAACCCGUCCACGAAGGUGCAAAUUUUGGCGAUGUUGUGCAACGAUCUGCUGCUGAAUAAAGCCGUUUGCAAGCAGAUCGAAGGCAGCCUCGAAACACAGGCUCAGCUCAAGAAGGAACGAUAUUUGCUGGACAACAAGAUAAGGAAAUAUAAGAUGCUGGUUGCACGAAAGCAGCGCAUAGAGCAGUACGAAAAGGCCCAGGCCGCAGCGCUGGAGAAGUCGCUUUCGAUGAAGGCAGCUGAGGAAGCCAAGCGUGUGGAGGAGGCAGCCGCGGCCGCUGCCGCUGAAGAUGGAGGUAACAAGUUACUCACAAUUUGUGUUGACUCUACAGAUGACAGCGGUUCGGUUUGGGUUUCAGCAAACACUACAUCAAACCCAGGUGAGCAACAAGGGGAGGAGAAGACUGAGGGUGGCGAAGCGGAGAACACGGACUAUGGUGUUCUCGCUUCGGCAGCAGGUGAAGGGGUUAAUCCCGUGUUGGAGAACGAACACAACCACAAGGACGACACAUCUAUAAACUCGAGCCAAGAAAUUGUUUCUCUGAACAACGGCACGGGCGCCACUGCAAUGGAAGAGAGUCCAAUCAAAGUCCCACCAACCUUAACACCUGAUGAUUCUGUUACCAUCAAACCGAAGGAAAUGAGUUUCACGGAAAUAGGUGAAAUUCCCAACAUGAACGCCGUGUCUCAGCACCAUCCACCCGCCGCAGGUGACAUGGAGAACCCAUUCUCAAAAUCGAUGAUGAAUGAUGUACCGUGCGAUAGAAAUGAUGACGAUAACAGUGAUCUGGAAAGCGAGGGUACCCAACUAGAGGAGGAUGAAGACGCUCAAUUAACUGCCGAAGAAGCGCAGAAAAAGUACGACAAAAUCCUAGAAGCGUCUUAUCAAAACAAACAACAGUUGGAGAAUGCUUUGAAUCAGCUGAGAGUGAAAUGCUUCGGACAGGAUCGCUACUGGAGACGGUACUGGAAUCUGUCCAAGUGCGGUGGCAUAUACGUGGAGUCAGUGGAGUCCACACAACCCGAUGUGUACAAAUAUGAGAACGCCCUCGAAGAGGCCCAUGCUAGUCAUGCAGCUACUGCCGCGGAUGCAGCUUCCGUGGCUGCUGCUGCUGCUGCUGCAGAAGCAACUUCGGCAGUGGCUGCACAGGCUACAGCAACAGAAGAAGCCGCCGCGAACGCCGAGUCAUCGGACGAGGAAAUGCCCCAGGAAGACGAUAUGCCUCGAUUUAUCCCCACGAUAGCGGAUAUCGUGAAAAGAGAUCGCGAUAAGAACAAGGAAAACAAAGACUCCAACGAAUAUUCUCAUCUGAUUGGCUUGGAGGAACGUAAGCGCAAACGAGCCGGAAGGAGCAAGAAGAAGCACGAUUUCUACAAUCAGGAGAGUGCGAAUGACAGCGAAUCCCAGGAUGUCCACGAUGAAGACAACUCCAGAACGAGUUUCAGUAAUUGUGGGGAGGAAGCGAGAACCGAUUCACAAUCGGAGGCGGACGCUCCGCCAGUACCGCCGCUGCCACCACCGAUGGCAGCACCACUGGAGGAUCUGCAGCGGCCUCAGACUACCCAACAGAAUCUGGUGCAGGAACCUCCCGUUCCGGUACCGAUUCAGCUGGGAGCGAAGAAGAAACGCGACGAUGAUCAUCUGAUGGACAUCGAAGAUUCCAUUCCAACUGCCAUCCUAGUACAAAAGGGCAACAACCAUGACGAGACUAAGAUUGUUGAGGUAAACAAUCAGAUAGGUGGAAUUAAUUUGAGCCGACCACAGGACGAUGGGGAUGUACAAUUAGUUCAGGAGGAAACGCCCACGAUCACCAUCCCGGAUGAUGACACCGAAAGUGGCGAUGCGAACCGACACCAACUGAUGACCAAUGUUGAUUGCUUGGAUCAAACAGCAGCAGCAGCAGUCAGCCAAAUGACGACGAACGGUGGAAACAACUGUGAUAUUAAGCCAAAGCUGGAAAACGGUGAUAUCGGCUCCGGUGGCGAAUCAGGUGAAGACGGUGGCAAGGCUCUCUACGCAAGCGAUUUCGAAAUGGGCGGGAUCAAGGAGGAGAAAAUAAAGUCCGAGUUCAAACAUGAGGCCAGCGAUCAUCUGAUGGAGCGAUGGUUUUCGAUUGUGGCUAAGGACUUGCCAUUGAGCAGCAUGGAAUGUCCGCUUCCGUCCAUUAAGGGAAGCACCCCUGCUUCGAUUGCUCGUCAAGUGUAUACGAAUAUAUCGUGCAAAGAGAUCUGUCAGAUCCAAGGCAACCGGUGGGACAUCGGAAACAAUAUCCAAUUUUUCAGUGUUCCGUUGGAGAAAAGCGUCGAGAUUCAUUUCAAUAAUGAGUCCUUUCUGACCCUUUCGGGUCUGGAUGAAGACGAAAUGAAUAAAGUGAUUGCAAAGAAAAUGAAAAUCGAGUCGCCGGAUCAGUUGGCGGUCGAUGUGAAGCCUUUGCCAAAGGCGAAACGAGACACAACGGAUGAGUGCCAGGGAGAAUUAAAGCAGGACAUAAAGCCGGAAGCAGAAUCAGAGUCAGAAUUUGGGUCCUUCUCUCUGCCUGCUUAUAUGACGCUAACUUUGAGCAAUUUGACAGCGUACGUUCAGUGCGAUCAAUUUCAGCCCCUUCAGAUGACACCUGAAGAAGCAAAACAAUUGGAGGAGAUCAAACUACACGGUUCGCUCAAGAAAAGCGAAAUAAAACCGAUUCCCAAUGAUCUUCGGCACGGUUGGUGGAAAAUCAACGACAUCGAAGAGCUGAACGAUCUGAUAAAAUCGCUCAACCCGCGCGGUGUUCGAGAGCGCAACCUUCGACAACAAUUGUUGGAGUCUCUUUCGGAGAGUGUAAACUUGACAACUCCCUAUCCUGUGUGCCACCCGAGGACUCCAGUGCCGCCGGGAAUCGGUUGGAUCGAAUCUGUACCAUGGAAUGCGUGGAAUCCAGCGAUUGCACGUCGUGUGGAAGUCGCACUACUCGAUCAGAUCGAAGCCGUGGAGGAUAAGGUUGCAUCGGCUUCGAUGCAAAUCAAAGGCUGGCAGAUUCCCCAGCGAGAGGGAGACAGCGACAACGGCAUCGUGGAAGAUGUCACCAUCGACAUGUUGCGCGAAAGGAUUGCAGGACUGGAGGCGGCUAUCGAGAGGCGCUAUCUCAAGCCGCCACUGGGAAUCAACACGACGGAAGCGCAGAUGGCUGUCAUCGCACAACAAGAGGCUCAGCACAACCACCACUCGUCGCUGACGGCGAAUACGUCCAACUGCUCAAAUAGUUCGGAGGAUGAAAACAUCCCGAAAGGUCUCAUGUGCUGGCGUGACGCUGUAGAGCGAUCGGUCACUACCGCCCAAUUAUCGAUGGCACUGUAUGUGCUCGAAUCGUGCGUCGCCUGGGAUAAAAGUAUCAUGAAAGCGAAUUGCCAGUUCUGUCAGUCGGGUGAGCAGGAGGAUAAGCUGUUGCUGUGUGAUGGAUGCGAUCGAGGUUAUCACACCUAUUGCUUCAAGCCACGAAUGGAUAAGAUUCCUGAUGGUGAUUGGUAUUGCUUCGAAUGUAAAAAUAAGGCCACUGGCGAUCGAAAAUGUAUAGUUUGUGGCGGACAGCGACCACCACCAUUAGGUAAGAUGGUAUUCUGUGAACUGUGCCCUCGGGCAUACCACCAGGACUGUUACAUUCCACCCAUGUUGAAGUAUCCCCGCGGAAAAUGGUACUGCCAGAAUUGUAUCUCGAAGGCUCCCCCUAAGAAGAAGCCUCAGCGAAAGCCCAAAGAGAAGCAAAAUCACAACUCAUCCUCCUCAUCGCAGCAGCUUAACCAGUCUAACCUAAGCAAUCAAUCGCUGAACUCCUCCCAUGAGGAAAUUCUACCACCGAUGUCCAGUCACGUCGUACCCCUCGGCGGAACGCCUAUUCUCUCUUCCAACCCGAACGCCGUGAACACUUGCACCACUCCACUCAGUCCAGCACAUUCAGUAGCGUCCACAACCCAUGAAGAACUGUCAUCGUUAGGACCCACGGGUGCCAUAGCGGUCACCCAGUGUUCGACACCAGUGCAGCCAGAUGUCAGUCAACACCAGCAGGCAAUUGUGUACGCACCACAGCAGUACUCUAAUCUCGAGGGGACGCCCGUUUCCAAUGUGCUCAACAGCUUCCAACUGCCACCACCGGUGGCCAACAGUUUUGAUCCUCAGCAGCAACAGCAACAGUACCAGCAGUACUACCAAAACCAACAGCAGCAGCACCAACCCCCACAACAUCAACAACAACAACAACAACAACAGUAUUACCAACCUCAAAUAUCAGAAUACAACGUACUCGCCCAGCAUCAGCAUCAUCAACAACAGCAACAUCACAUGCAACCGCAACAGCAGCAGCAACAGCAACCGCAACAAAUUCCGGAAUCUCACCUGUACUCAAUGGCCAGUAGCAGUGCGAUGGUCAUGAACACAAGUCAGCCCAACGAUGCCAACAGUAGUAGCAUGGAGAACAACAGUCUGAACAUGUCCAUAACCAGUAAUGAUGGCUACCAUUACGACGGACAUCAGAUGCCACAGCAUCAGCCACAUCAGCAGCAGCAGCAGCACCUGCAGCAACCCUGUCAGGAUAACAGUGGAGUAGUCAGUGGCGGUAGCAGUAUGACUACCUCGACUCCCACGUCCGGAUCGGGCUCUACUGGGUACUACUCGCCUUCCAGUGCGAAUGCGUGCGCCUCCGGUUCGGGGUAUGAUUCCGAGAAGCACGGAGAGUCCUCCGAGGAACAAUCGCAAUCGCUGACGGCCAGUGGUUCGCAUAAGUCGGAGAAAAAAGAACGAAAGGAGCGGGAUGAGGCGCGUGAACUCGCCAAGAAAGAGAAGAAGGCUACCAAAAAGCUGAUGAAAGAGCUGGCGCCAUGCAAAACAGUCCUGGAGGAGAUGGAGGUGCACGAAGAUUCUUGGCCGUUUCUCUUGCCGGUGAAUACGAAACAGUUUCCAACCUACCGAAAAAUUAUCAAAUUCCCAAUGGAUUUAUCGACCAUCAAAAAGCGACUGUUAGACAUGGUUUAUAAAUCCCGCGACGAUUUCAUCGCCGACGUUCGGCAGAUCUUCGACAAUUGCGAGGUGUUCAACGAGGAUGAUUCCCCGGUGGGAACCGCUGGCCACGGGAUGCGCAAGUACUUCGAGCGCCGCUGGGCCGAGCUGACCGAGAAACACUCGUCAUGAUAUCACGUCAGCUGCGGAGCGAGCAACACUAAGCCCCAGCCUGCAGCAGUAGCGCCACCAGCGCAAGGAGCAGCUUCCACGAUGGAGCAGCAGCAAUCGGAACAUCACAACAAAGUGGUGGUGGAUGGAUGUUUGGUACAAUCAUCUGUGUCAACAGUCACAUCCGUAGCCGUCGGCGGUGCCUCCACUGCCGUUGGUUCGGACGAUACAAUCGUGGAGAGUGAGGAGAAAGAAUAAGAGACCGGAAAAACGAUGCAGCAAAUGAAAAAUGAUGGAAACACGUAUAGCAGUAGUAAUAUAUAGGUUGACUUAAUUUCUUGUAGGGAAUCUCGCCGCGAGCGCUCUUCACUGUGUGAGAAACGUACCAAUGCAGUAUUUUUUAUUUUUUCCCCGCUAUUCGUUUUUUUUUCUUUCUUUUUUCUAAAAUGAAAUUAACAUUAAUUUGGGCUCUCCAAUAAACACUGCUGCAAGACCUUGACUUUUGACGGUUUAUUUUUCCAGUAUUGUCGGAAUGAUUCGUAAGCAGCUGUUCCAAAAACAACAAAGGCACGAGAGAAGAAAAUGACGUUUGAACUCUUUGGAAUCAACUUUGGAGGAAAAUCAAAAUUACAAAAAAAAUAUGAAGAAAAAAAAUGAACUCAACACUAACUUAAAUGAAUGUAUUCAAGCAAGAAAAUAGACUGUUUUACAAAUAAACAAAAGGUAACUUAUUAAUCUAUAAAAUCCCUCUACCGUUAGCGUUAGCAGCUCCAAACACAACAAUGUUAUAUUACAAAUAAAAUCCUUCUAAAUUGUAUUAAAAUUUAGACGUAACUGGACAGAAAUUGUAACCACUAUUUAGUAUGCGGAAAGGCGUAUUUAACACACCAACACAGUAACUCGUCGUAGACUCUUUAUAUUUUUAUCAUACACAGACUUGAUUUCCGUGUCUACGAAAUGGAACCACACAAACUAAUAUUAUAAUAAUGAACUGUGUAAUUAACGAAAUCUCCCCUCCCGGAUGCACCGGGAUGCGCUAAUCCGGACGUUUUUCCCCGGUGCAGGAAAAUGAUGAAAGUGAUUUGUACAUAGUAGUAUUUAGUUACUUUUUUACCGUUAAGUGCAGAUGUUUUUUUUUUCAAUGAAAGCGAGGACCUAUUUAAAAGAUAACAACAAACUGAUUUGUGGCAAUUAUUUUGAUAAUUUCAAUGCAGAGCGGAAGUGAAACUGAUUAGAAAAAAAACAGACUUAUUUCUUGUCUGUAUCGUGUACACAAUAUAAUUUUUCAUGUUUGAAGUUACUUGAUAUGUGGACAUUCUCGAAGCUCUGUUCAUUUUUGACCCUUAAAGUGUUGCAAUUAUUUCCUGGUUUGGCUUAUAGAAGAAAUGACCUUUUGUAUAAAGUAGUUUUUUCAAAGAGCACACAAACUCAUGAUAUUCCUGUAAAUUGUAUUCAUUUAAUUUUGUAUAGAGUUAAACACUAUCAGAAAAAAGAAACAAACGAGUAAAGAAGAGCGCGAAGACUUAUAUUUAUGAAAAUGAAAAAUCGUAAACCACGAAGAAACACAGCAACAGUGUCUAGUGAACUUUCUUUUUUUCGAAGCGCAGAAUAGAGUUAAGCAGCAGAGAAACAACAUAUUACAUUUUAGCCCGCUGUAGUGAUCAUUCGAUGUGGAGAUAUUAUCAAUGUACCGGGAAAGAAAUGGAAACAAAGUGGAUCCAUAUUCAUCAGCUGUUGGUGUUGUUACAAUUAAACAACUAGGGAGUACACCUGUAGCGUGGGAUCGUGUAGUCACUAAUCGCGGUGGACAUUGAAAACGUGGUUUGCACGCGAUAGAAGCGUAUAAUUUUUCCCAACGCGCUUGGCUUAAUCUUUUUUUUUUAAUUUGUGUUUCUUUUCGCUACUAGCUGACAGAAAGUAAUUGGAUAGUAAGAGUAAUUGGAAGCAUGUUAUUAUAUAUGUACAUAUUUCGAAGAUUUUACGAUUAUGAUAAGAAGUAGAAUAAAAUUAUUGAUGAAUACGAAA